AUGCCCGCACACGCAGAGCUCGCCAGAUUCUUCCACACAAACCGCCAGUGGGCCGAAAAGGUUUCCAGCGUCGAGCCAGAUUUCUUCCAGGAGAGCGCAAAGCGUCAGACACCAAAGGUUCUCUGGUUUGGUUGCGCAGAUUCACGCGUCCCAGAGAGCGUCGUGCUUGCGGUCAAGCCAGGAGAAGUAUUUGUCCAUCGGAAUAUCGCAAAUCAAUUUCAUCUCCACGACGAUAGUGCUCUCUCCGUCUUGACUUUUGCCGUCCAAAACUUGGGUGUUCAGCAUGUCGUCGUCGUCGGACACACCCAAUGCGGCGGUGUAAGGGGUGCUUAUGGCCUUGCAUGCAAUCAUCCAGGCCCAGCCCUCGGCGAAUCACCUCUGGGUCGAUGGCUCACACCCCUCGUCGACCUCGCCGCUUCGGAGGGAAUCCCAGCGCUCGGAGAAGAGCAGGGAUUACCAAAGCUCACUGUCGCCUCUGUCACCCAACAGGUGAAGAACAUUGCAUCCACAAACGUGGUAAAGGAUACGUGGGCAAAGGGUAUUCCCCUCUCUAUCCAUGGAUGGGUCUACCAUCUCGAGACCGGCAAACUUGAAGACUUGGGUAUCGACGUCGAGCCACCAAAGCCCACCGAGUCGGAAGCAUAG